AUGGCGCACAGCAUCACCGCGCACCGCCUCCGCAGGCUCCUCGCACCCUCCACGCCCGCCCUGGCUAUGGCUUCUCACUCCCCACUGUCCGCCAAGCUUGCCGCUCAAGCCGGAUUUCCUGCCAUAUGGGCAUCGGGCUUCGAGCUGUCUGCCCUGUACGCUGUACCCGACGCUAAUAUCCUGCCCGUGAGCACCCAUCUGGAGAUGACGCGGUCCAUAGUGGAGACCGUGGGCCCCAAUGUACCGGUGAUAGCCGACCUCGACACCGGCGGUGGAAAUGCUGUGAAUGUCAGCUACAUGGUAAGGAAGUACAAGGAUGCGGGCUGCGCGGCAGUUGUGAUGGAGGAUAAAGUGUUCCCAAAGGACUCCAGUCUGAGAGUCUCAGCGAGGCAUGUCCUGGUGACCGUGGAAGAAUUCCAGGGUAAGAUAGGAGCGGCAAAAGCGGCGGCUGGCGAAGGAGAGGAUGGCAUGCUGGUGGUGGCAAGAACGGAGGCAUUGAUAGCAGGACUAAGACUGGAGGAGGCGCUGAACAGGGCAGAAGCAUACACAGAGGCUGGGGCAGAUGCGAUCCUGAUCCAUAGCAAACAGAAGAACCCAGAUGAGAUCUUGGACUUUUGUCAGCGAUGGUCAGGGAAAGUGCCGUUGGUCAUCGUGCCGACAAGCUAUCCGCAGCUGUCGUUUCAGAAUGUUGCAGAGCUGAACAAGGUAGGUCUGAUCAUUUGUGGCAACCAUUCGAUCAGAGCGGCUGUGAAGGCGAUGCGGGAGACGUUUGAGCGAAUUAUCAAGGACAACAGUAUCGCCGGUGUCGAAGGGGACAUUGCGAGUGUAAAGGACGUCUUCGAGUUGCAGGGUGACGCAGAGAUGCGAGAGAUUGAGAAGAAGUAUUUGCGAUGA